AUGAGUAAAACACAUCCACCCGAGUUGAAGAAGUACAUGGACAAACAAGUCAAUAUUAAAUUAAAUGGAAAUAGGAAUGUCUCGGGUGUUUUGCGAGGAUUCGAUCCAUUUAUGAAUAUUGUGGUUGAGGACUGUAUUGAGCAUAUGAAGACAGGGGAGUCUCAAAGUAUUGGAAUGGUUGUUAUUCGUGGAAAUUCGAUUGUUAUUAUGGAGCCUAUGGAACGAAUUCAAUGA